AUGAGUGAUUCAGAGAGAUCCCUCCGGAUCCGAAUGCCGCGCACGAUCGCGCCAAUGAUGAGAUGCCGAGAGAUGGAGCGCGACACAAUGAAGAAUGCAGGAGGUGCGCCCAAGGAGUACUUAAAGUGCAAACUAUUCUCUUUCACUUUGACAGGGAAGGCUUUGCGCUGGGUUAAGUCUCUUCCAGCUCAAUCCAUAACCACAUGGAAAGAGUACAAGGUGGCAUUCCUAGCCAGCAAUGGAAAUUUCAUGACCAAGACAGUUACUGAAGCAAAGAUUUUGAUUGAAAAUCUAGCCUCAAGCGACAGUGACAACUUCAUUGGGCAUGAGAGAGCAGUGAAGGCCAUAAAUUCUGAUCCAUACAGAGAUGGAUACAGUGAGAUCAAAGCCAUGAUGGCUGAGAUACUGAGAAACCAAGGAAGAGAAGUGGAGAGACAAAGAGAAGCUUAUAGAGUUGAGUCCACAAUAAUUCAAGACUACUUUGGAGAUUUGAUUCCAAGUUUCAAGAAGAAGUAA